AUGUCAGGCUUCCAAGACGUUGCUGCCGCUAUCGGUCUCGCAGAACUGGCGCUCCGGAGUAUCUCUCGCAUUCACGAGUUUGUCGUAUAUCUGAAGAAUGUGCCGGAGUCUGUGGAAAGACUGCGUACGGAGCUGUGUCAGCUGGACAGCUGCCUAGCAGAACUCUCUACUUUGCACCUGUACACUACACCCGCGCAAGCCGUCGUCAGACGCCUCGACUUAUCAGCGGUUGUCAUCAGAUGCGGUGAUAUCUGUGCUGAUCUCGAAACAAGCCUGAGAAAGUGGACAGAAGGUGGACCAGACACUUUGGCCUCCAGACUGCGGGUCCGCUUCAACAAGGCGCAGAUCGAGGACGCCAUACAAAGUAUCGCUUCUGCCAGGGGUGCCAUCUUGUUGGCGGUGUCCAUCACCAGCCUACAUUUACAGGUCAGCGCCGCGGAAACCAUGUCGAUGCAAAGGAAGCCUGUGCCGAGCAGGCAACAGCCAGAUAAAAGUGCUGUGAGUGCGCGCACCAUCGAGCGCGUAGACCAUACCAAGAACAGUGGGCAAGCGAAGAUGAAUGCGGGGAUGGCGGUGGUGACUGUUACGGCACAGGCGAUUCUUUCCACGAAAGACAUAGUCGGUAGUCCGGACGUGAUGAAACAGGAAUCCUCAGAGCAUGAGUACAAGGACGAUUGGAAGGCCAGAUAUGUCGAAGAUGUCCGCAGUGAAGCUCUAGAGGACCAGAUUGUGGAGGAUAACGAAGUUCUGAAGUCUGCGGACACUUCUAUUGGAGUUGUAUCAGCGAAGCUCAAAAGACAGGUCAUCAGGGGAAACAAGGUUAUUGGCUCACAGAACACAACCAUUGGUGGUGUCCUUCAGUGUAGGUGA